AUGGCUGUCAAGACCUCGCCUAGUCCCGCUCGAUCCUUCCGGACUGCUUACCUCACCUUGUACAACAUCUCUUUCGCCUUGCUCUGGAGCUUUGUGUUCGUCAAAACCGUUCGGAACAUUCCUCAUGGCCGGCAUGCCGUCUUCGCUUCGACAGAGCCGCUCGCUCGCUGGGUGCAGACUCUGACACUCGUGGAAGUCGUUCACUCGGUUGUCGGACUGAUACCUUCCCCGCUUGGCACGACUUUCACUCAAGUCGCAACGAGAAUCAUUCAGGUCUGGCUGAUCUGGCGUACAUUUCCGGAGACUACAGCGUCAAGUCUGGUCUUCUCAUCGCUCUUACUAGCGUGGUCGAUCGCGGACACUGUACGCUAUGGAUACCUGGCUGCGAACUUGCACGGGAAGGCGCCGAAAUGGCUUGUCUGGCUGAGGUACUCUCUCUUCAUUCCACUGUAUCCGAUUGGCAUUGGUGCAGAGUGGUGGUUGAUGUUUCAAGCGGCCAAGCCUGUUGGUGAGAUCCAUGCGAUCUUGCCAUACGUCUUCUACUUCUUGCUUGCAUUGUACAUCCCUGGCUCAUAUGUGAUGUUCACUUACAUGCUCAAACAGAGGAAGAAGACACUUGCGAGGAGCUCCAAAAAUGCCAGGAGCACGAACUGA